CCAAGAGCGUCCGCAUCAACCGUCGGGUGCUCAUAGUCAGGGCAGACCACGAACGGCAUCUCAUGCCGCCACCGUCAUCACAAAUCACGCUCGCGGUUGGAGACGAGUCGUGGACAGUCUCGAUCGAACCGACCCUUGCAGGGGGAUUUCACUUGCACGCAUCCUGCGGGAAGGACAAGACUUGUUCACUCGACAUCGAUCAAGGCACAGCCGUGGCAUUGUCGACGCCGAGCAAUACCAACGAGGAGGACGCGGCCCACGCCGUCUUGAAGUACAUACACCUGAGUUUACAGUCCGACGGAAACGUGCAACUGGCGCUGCGACCUCCAACAAAACGCGCAGAAGACCGCACUCUUCCUCUGGCCGCCGCGACGGUCGCACCAGGAAUCGCUGCUGACGGCACCGCCAUGCGACCCCACACGGCAGAGAACUUUCCAAGUCUUCCAGGCGCCAGCAGGAGGAGGCUGAGCAUAGGUGCUCCGAUGGUGCAAGCGACGGAGUCCUUGCCAUGUCUUGAUCCAGUCCCGUCACCCGUCACCUCUCCAUCGCGAUCCAUCCAAGGCGGUCCCACUCGAUUGCACUCGUCCAAUUGGGUCAAACUCAUCAAGGUCGUGCGGCGCGUGCCAGUCUUCGAUUUGGAGGAGGCGGUGCUGCGCAACACGUACGACGUCAAGCUUCGCGUGGAUCUCGGGUUUCGCUACAGCGAAGAGAUCGCCACCGAAGUGCCAGCUAUGAUCCUCCUCGAGCAAGCGAGCUUCUUCAACGACAACGUGGCGGUGGGAUGGCGAUUCUGGGCUACGCUAGGGGACCUCCACUACUCCCUCCUCGCACGGUAUCCCCGCUACCACCGUUGCUUUGCUUUUCACCUCCAAAAGUCCACGUCGUCCUUUGCCAAAGCUCUGUCGUACCUCGAAAACGUCGCCGACAGCUCGCUCAUCGUCAAGUACGCGGCGGGACUCUUCAUGAAGGGCGAGCGAGAACUCCCGUACGAACUGCUCAAGUCGCUCAGUUUGACGUAUGCCAGCAACGGAUCCAAGCUCGAACCGGCAGUGGUGGUCGACCGCCACGCACUGCUCUUUCGAGUGUCCCUGGCCAACUCGAUCAUGCACGAAGCCAUCCUCCACGUCACCAAGCUGAUUGAGCUCGUCACGGCCGAUCCAUCCCUCGUGCCCAAGGGAUACACCAUCAAUGAUUUCCACCUCAUGCUCGCUCGGUGCGCGCAAAUCGAAGGCGACUAUCUCUUCGCCACCAACACGUUCUCCCGCAUCCUGGCCGAAACAUUUGGCCACUCGACCGUGUACUCGGACGACCAGUUCUUCGCGCUUUGGUACAAUCUCGGCACGAAAUGCUACGACCAAGGGCUCAUGUGGCUCUGCAUCGAGUACUACACACUCGCCUUGACGUAUGCCAAGAACUUGUCGAUGCGGGCGACGAUCUACUACCGCCGUGGCAUGGCGUUCUUUUGCAUUAACGAGCCGAUCAAGGCAGAAGACGACUACCGACGAGCCAAGAGCGCGAACCACGAGGUCAAGCCAGACGUGACCCUGAACGACCUCAAGAAGGACUACUUGGUCGAGUUUAACAAGUUGCUCGAUACGCCGGUCGAGGACGUGAUCAAGCAAGUGCGCAAGGGCAUGGGCAAAACGACGGCCUCGAUCAAGGUCCAGCGCCACUUUCGACACUUCAUGCAGCAGAAACGCAAAAAGUCGGACGCGUCUCGAAUAAUGCGUCGCUUUUCCAACAGUUCCAAGCAGUCCACGAGCAUGGACCUUGUCGCGGCGACAACCCAACUCAACGCAGCCACGACGGGGACCCCGCCGGCCAUGGCGCCAGGUGCGUCCGUGUCGACUGAACACGAUGACGUAACGCAAUAUAGCGCCGCUGCCGGAGCUGACCCCAGCCGAAUUGUUCAAAUCCCAGAGAGAUUCGGCGCUGAAGUCACUGCAAGCGCUGCAUGCCAACUGCAUGCACGUGUCGCCAUCGCCAAAGGGGGUCAAGAAGUCGCCCAAGAAGCAGCACCCCCACUUGCAAUCGAUCUCGUCCUUUCUCACGCCAGACUUUGACCGGCCCGAGGUGCGCCGGCACCGAUCCAUCAUGUCGUAUCGACGGCUCGGGUACUCGACCGGCAACAUCUCGUGCGUGCAGCACUGGAAGGCCAUUAUCAAGUGCGGACAGCAGCUCUACCCAAACGCGAACGCGAUUCAAGGAGCGAUUGCCCACGUCAAGUUCUUCCACACAAAUGUACCGGGGGAUGUGGCGUUUUGUGCUCUAGCGGACAGCGACGGCCAAGUCGAUGAAGCGUGUGGAAAGCUCAGCGACGCCGACUACCGAUCGGAACUCGACUGCAUCUGCCGCAUCUUGGACGUGUCCAAAUGGAUGUCGACGCACGGCGACGGACACCUCGUCGAGCUCGCGGGGGUGCCGGAAAUUGACCCAGACACCGGCAAGUUUUUCGUCCACUCCCUGCAUAACACAACCGUGAGUCGGCGGCACGCGCCAGCUCGAGACAAGUCGAUCCAUGGCAUCGUGGACAGCCUCGCCACGUCGGUGAAUCCGGUCGACGAGUUGCCCCCCAAACCAACCUCAUCCACGUUGUAUUUUGAGAAACGAAUCCGCAAGGAAAAGUCAUUUCGAGUCGGCCAUGUCAUCGAACGCCACACGUCCACGUCGGACCUGGCCAUGCCAGACGCCAUCACGAUCGAGCCCAACCCCCGGCCGUCCAAGCUGCUGCAGGCUACAUCGUCCUCGUCAAAAAUCAAGUAGCGCCAACGAUAACCACCGAAACAUUCCUCUAACUAUCCAACAAGUUCACGAUCCAGAGUCGAUCCAUACUGGUGUAAGGUAUUCGGCUCGACAAUUACUUGCUGGGAAGCACAACUGGCUUGACCUCGCUGGCGGCACCGAUGGAGCGUGCGACCGAUCGAAGCGUUGCUUCGGCCGCGGCCUCUAGCUCUUCUUUCGUCCCGUUGUUGUCGAUCACGACGCCCGCCAGCCUGACUUUUUCCUAUAAACGCGGCGUGAACAAUAGAUGAAGCGCGCCAGUGAACCUCAAUGCUCAUU